AUGGAGCUGGGUGGCCUCCGAAUCCCCGCGACCCUUCUUCCCUCUGCGUCGGGGGAGAGGACGACCCUCUUCGCCUCGUGCCUCCGCUUCCGCCAGCGUCUCCUCUAUGGAGCUCCCCAUCGGCCCUCUUCUGGAGCUGGGAGGUGCAGAAACAAGGCCUUGCGAGGUGGGGUGGAGAGCGACCUGGAUGGAAUGGCGACGAGUGUCGGAGAAGAAGCGACGUCGUCUUCAUCUUCUCCGUAUACUUCUGCUUCUUUCCUGUCUCUGAGUGAGAAGCCCGACCGGAACCUCGCGCUGCUUGACGACUAUGAAAUGGAGGAGCUGGAUGCUCCCGAUGGCACUCACCGGAGCGGUACUGCCGCUUCUUGCUCCGUUGCUUCAUCUCAUAGCCUGAUCUGAUGCUUCGCAGUCUCUAUCUAGAGUUCCCCAGACAAGAAUUCUCGUUACUGCUGUGUUCCGUUUUGUACCCGGCACCUCUGACAUCUUAAUGCUCUCAUGAUCUCCGCCAUGAGAGGAGGAUGCCCGUUGAUGAAUUCACCGGAGAGUAAAUGUGUUUUUUCUUCUAUUCCCGAUUUAUUCGCUGGGAAUUAGUAUCCGUUACGACUUCCCCUCGAUACCCUGCAACUCUGAUUAAUCGUUACUUACAUAUCUGUGCUCCUUGCCAAGCUAUCUUACCUAAUGUUCAAUUUUAAUUUGCCUGCUGAGCACUAUUCUAUCCAUGGCUGCCCCGUCUCUCUUAUUCCCUGGGCUAGUUGGAAGUAACGGCAGGAUGCAUAGGUUACUAUCGAGUCUUCAACUGGAAGGAGAAAGUGUCCAGAAGAAGAUGUGUGCAUGAGAUUGACAGGGCCUCGGCCUUGGUUGAUUUUAUUAUGCUUCGCAUUCCUUUUCGCUUGAACUAUAGUAUUCACCUUUAGAUGCUCUUUGGUACUCUGCAUUCUUCUUUUCCGAUGCAUUCGUUUUUCUAUACUUUCCUUCUCGUGGGCUUUGACAUUUCAAUUGUAAUCUCGGUAGAACUUUUUCAGUAUUCCCGUCAGAUCCUCUUGGGUAUCACUAUAUAUAUCUUGCAAACAAGAUAUCGUGAGCAUUUUGAUGUUCAUCAUGUCGAAGGUUACUGACUUUAUUCUUUGUACCACUUUGAGAAAGUUGAUAUAGGGCAACGUCUUCCAAUGUAAAUCGGGCAAAUCAGCUGGUUUGAUUGAAUCGAUUGUAAUUAUUUGGAGCAGAAAUGUCUGAUCACAGUAAAAGUUUUGAUGCAAGCUUUUAUUCAGUAAAAGAAUUCAAUGCUAAUGACAGCAGUUGCCGGCACACUUUCACAUUAUUCUUCUCCCUGCAUGUUCCAAGGUCCAUCUCCCUGCAGCAAUCAUUUAGGCUGACUAUCCAUUUGCUGACUUCUUGAGCGCUUUGAGAACCACCCAAAGUUGAGCUACAAACAUGGAAACCUUGAAAAAAAUUCAACGAUCUGCAAUAAAUCUGUGAUCUAAUAAGUGGAGAAAAGCUGAGUGAAUGUCUAUCGGUAUUGAUGUUGGUAGUCAAAGCAACAUCGGAUGGGAAGGUGAGGAGCAUGAGGAACAGUCUAUUAAUGGGGAGCCAGAGGAUCUGUUUUCACAGAGAAGAUGCUCAGUGAAGGAGAAGAUUCUGAUGAAAGGAUUCAAGUGAUCUGAAGACAUUGGAACAGCCUAGUAAAGGUGUAAUUCCGGAUCUGUGGUGGAGAAGAAGGAUGGGAAGGCAGGAAUAUUGACCAGCCAACUCCCAACUUUCCACUGUGAGAGAUGGAGAUCGUGAAGAUGCUGUAGAUGACAUCUCGCAAGGAAGAAACCUACACAAUACCAUUUUUAUAGAUCAUCCCAAUGUCCUGCUGCAAAUCUCUUUUUCAGCAGAUAAGAGUUUGGUUACGAUGAAUUUAGAGAUAAUAUGGACAGAUCGACGAGUAGAACCUCUUCCUAAACAAUUCCUAAUUGGAUAAAGUUACUCCUGAAUCAUAAUCUCCAGUCCUAUGAAAUUUCCUUUCGCUAAAGAAGUUAUUAUUGAUGGAACUAGGAAAGUUUUGAAGCCCAUUUGGAUAAAAUCUCCGGAUGGAAAUAAGUGUUAUGAGAGCCUCUCUCUGGAGAGGGCCAUGACAUAGCAGCUUUCUGGUGUGAUAGGUCAUUGUUGGGGUGAAUAAACUACUGGAUUACUAACAUAGUUACCUUAAAUUUAAUGUGCUUACUUUAUUGCAAUUAGUUAAUUAUUCAUCAGCAUCUCUGGAUUGCUUUGGCGUUAGCAACAUAGUUUCUGGUUGCACGUGUACCUCGGGGAUUAAUAGAGAUUUCACCUUGCCUUAGAAAAAGCUUAUCUUUGAGCAAAUAGUUCUGGUUACACGUCUACCUCAUACUACAUAUUGGGGAAGGUGUAGCUGUAUGUCAUCCAAUUAUCAUUCUUGUAAAUUCCAUUGUAAUAUUUAGUGAUGCCUUUUGUUUCAGAAAACUACAGCUAUAUGCCUGUUGUUUGGUUUUUACUAAGAGAUUGAGCGUGGAUGUUACACACAGGAUAUGUUGCUGUAUUAGGCAAGCCAAACGUAGGAAAAAGCACACUGUCCAAUCAAAUGGUCGGCCAGAAGCUAUCAAUUGUUACAGACAAGCCUCAGACUACACGGCAUCGAAUACUUGGCAUAUGUUCUGCUCCAGAAUACCAGGUAAUGCCCUGCCUGGGGUGUUCUCAGAAAAUCCUGAAAUAUCCAUGUUAACUAUUUGUUAUUCUGGGCAGCCUAUUACUUGUGGCUUCAUUGAGAAUGCCGCAUAAUCAUUCAUGUAAACUGUUGACUUGUUUUCAGAUGAUACUUUAUGACACCCCUGGUGUCAUUGAGAGGAAGAUGCAUAAGUUGGAUUCAAUGAUGAUGAAGAAUGUCCACAGCGCUGCAAUAAAUGCGGAUUGUGUGCUGGUGGUUGUUGAUGCUUGUAAGGAGCCUCAGAAGGUGUGCUUCUGGAACCCUAUCUAGUGAUAGAUAUAGUCUGCAUGGAGAAUGUUGUUUUCUAGUUAAAAUCAAAAAGUCGGUUAGCUGUUUUGUUAUUUUUGUGCUAUUUCGUGUGUUCGCAUUUUCUUUUUUGAUUUCUUUCUUUUGUCACCAGAUUGAUGAAGUGUUUGACGGUGUAGCGAAUCUCAAGGAUAAUCUUCCAGUUUUAUUAGUAUUGAAUAAGAAAGACCUGAUUAAACCUGGGGAGAUUGCGAAAAGACUUGAGGUUGUCUUCCUGUCUACAAUUCCUGUACACUCACAUUUAGAGCCAAUACUUUAUUUUCUUUUCUGAAAAUCAUAUUUUUAUAGUGGUAUGAGAAGUUCACUGAUGUUGAUGAAGUCAUACCUGUAAGUGCCAAGUUCGGCAAGGGUAUUGAUGAUGUCAAAGAUUGGAUUCUAUCUAAACUGCCAUUGGGACCUGCCUAUUAUCCAAAGGUGUGUAUUUCUAUCAGAAAUAUAUAUAUAUAUAUAUUGUGUAUGUGAUUCUUUAUGCUGUUCAUAUAACAAUGCUCAAUUUAUCAUUCUUACACUCUAUGACUUCCCCCGUCCUCAGUGUGGCAUUUGCAUUGUUCAGAACUGUGGAACUGUAUCAAUCCGGUCUAUUGAAAGAAUCUCUUGCGCCCAUCGUGACUGAUAAUUGUUCCAAUGACAUAAACUAUGGUAAAGAGUUUAUUUUUCUACUAUUAGAGGUAGGGCAGAAUUUGAAAGUAGAGGGCAUGAAUGCCGUUAUUAUACCAAGAUUAGAAGGCUCGACUACAAUAGAGCUAAUUUUGCCAUAAAUAUAUCCCCAUGUGUAGCUUAAUUUAUGCUGUGUGAUGUGCUUUCCCGUGACCAUUUUGACUAUUCGGAAGCAUGUCUAACUUCUUUGGCUUAGAGUUCACUUCUUCUCCAAAUGAUGGCCUGUGUGAACUUUAGUAAGUUUGCGCACAAAUAGGAUCCAAUUAUGACCAGUCGACCACAAGAGUGUACUUAUUGACUAUAUGUUUGUGCAAAAUACGCAAAUCAAGCAUGCUAUUUAUGGUAAAAUAACGCUAUAUAUUCUCACUUAUAGUGAAGAGUAAAUCAGUUCGGCUCUACAGUUUUUUGUAUGCAUGUUCACAUAGAUCGUACAUAUGACUAACGGGAAAAUCUCCACUAGAUUAUCAAGUACAAGCAAUCCUUUCACCUGUUUGAGCAACUGAUUUACAUGGUUUUCUCUGUAUGGAUAACAAAUCAUUCUACUUUGUCUCACAUCAUGGCUCAGAAAUUGGAAAAAAUGCAGCUAGAUUAUAUAAACUCUCUCCAAUUCUGAUGUCCAUCAGUCUCUAACCCGAAAUCUCUCAUAGAUUCUAAUUUUUUUCCUAAAUAUAUUUUUUCUAAGUAUAAUAAAUUCAUCUUGCACCAAGCUGCAAUGAGUUAAAAAAAAAAAGUUUAAGUAAACUUCAUGCCUGGAGCACCCACCCUUCUGGAAAAAAAUUGUAAACGGCGAGUUGAAUUUAUUUUAUGGAUGCGUGGUGCCUUCCACUGGGUUUUCAGGAUAUCACCAGCGAGCAUCCUGAGAGAUUUUUUGUGGCUGAAAUCGUUAGAGAGAAGAUAUUCAUGCAGUACAGAAACGAAGUGCCAUAUGCAUGCCAGGUACUUGUACGAUAGGAAUCUCCUUCCAAGGUUAUUCAUAAUAUUUUCUCUCUUCUCUCUUACAAGCAUUCCUCCAAUGGGAAUAUAAUUUAAGAAUAUUUUGCCUGCAGGUUAAUGUCGUCAACUACAUCAGCAGGCCUACCUCAAAGGAUUAUGUGGUGGUUGAGAUUGUUGUAGAGAAGAAUUCACAGAAGAUCAUUCUCAUUGGCAAAGUAUGCUUAUAUUUUUUAAAACCUGGGCCCUUGUUCUUGUAGUUCUUAGCCACCACUUCAUGGUUACUUAUAGGUUUCUCUGGAUCAUACAACUUCAGGACAUUGAGAUUUCUCUCUAGUUUCUUUUCUUCCUUGUUAAACUUCAGACACUGGUUAUAUAUAUAGUGUAAUGUUAGUGAUGCAACAAACCCAAACCCUUCUUUUGAUUCUAUGAUCCACUCUUUAAUAAUCAUAGGUGGGUUGGCCCUCAGAUUUCGUCUCAAUGAACAAGAAAAACUCUUUUCUUUCUUCUGCAUCAUUUUUAUUUGCUAUAUUUUGAUUCUAGGGACUCAUUGACCACAGUCUAUGAUGAUAUUAUUUGUUGCUUUUUCAGGAAGGAAAGGCCCUCAAGCUCUUGGCGACUGCUGCAAGGCUUGAUAUUGAGGAUUUCCUGCAGAAGAAGGUCUUCCUCGAGGUUCAUGCUUAGACUCUCUGCCAAAUCUGUACAACUCUCGGACAUGUCUUUUCGUCAAAAUCUCCGUUGACUUUGUUAACUACUCUUUGAUGCACCAGGUGGAGGUGAAGGUGAAGGCAAAUUGGCGGCAGGAUGAGGGCCUUUUGAAACGCUAUGGUUACGGUGGCCAAAUCCAAGUUCGGUGA